GCUCCUAAUACCUUUACUGGAUGAUUUAUCAUUCAUUAUAUGGUUUUGAUCCGUUUAUUAUUCCCCUAAUUUUCCUCGAUUCUGGAUGGCGCGUGUGAUGCUUCUGAAGUUUGAUUUCGUUUUACUAGUUUCCUAACCUGCAGAAAGAUUCGUGAAGAAUAAACAUUCGUAAAUAGUGAUGGCGAAGUCCACCUCCAGUGACGUUCUUACUCUUAUACAUUCUUUGCGUUCGGCUUAUGCAGCGACACCUACCAAUCUGAAGAUUAUUGAUCUCUAUGUGGUUUUUGCAAUUGCCACAGCUGUGAUUCAGGUGGUUUACAUGGGAAUAGUUGGAUCGUUUCCUUUCAACUCUUUCCUCUCAGGCGUGCUCUCUUGUGUAGGCACUGCAGUGCUUGCAGUUUGCCUCCGCAUUCAAGUCAACAAAGAAAACAAGGAAUUUAAGGACCUCCCACCAGAGCGUGCUUUUGCAGAUUUUGUUCUUUGCAACCUUGUUCUCCAUUUGGUGAUCAUGAACUUCCUAGGCUAAAGGUAAAAUUGGCUUGGGAUGGAUCAGAAUUACUUCCCAGGUGUUUACAUGGACCAUUUUGAAUCCCGAAAACUUUUGAGGUUGGCCUGAUAGCUUAUGCUUCAGUCAAUUAUAAGAUGAUAUCGAAAUUUUUUGUCUUUUUGAACUAAUUGAUGAAACACACUGUUGUUCCGAGAGCACUUAGUUAUUAGGACUGAUUUAUUAUUGAAAUAUUGCCUUCCGUAUGGGACUCUCUAGUUCUUCAUGCACGCUAGUGCUAGGGAGAAGGUGGUCCUAUUUCUCUAAUAAAUGCUAUUUAUUGAAUGUUUGAUGCUUUUCUUGGA